AUGGAGCCUAUGUUCCUUUGUUUCUUCUUUCUCUUCACCCUCACUUCAUCACAAUCCAUUGAUUCAUCACUAAACAUGCAGCCUGCAGCUUCUUCUCCAAAACCAAAAGUAAACUCAAUAAUUACUCAUUCUUCAUACCCUCCUGGAUAUGAACACUCAGCAAUAUCUCCGUCAUCAGAAACAGAAUCAGUUAAUUCUGGCAUCUCUUUUCCUCCUUCAGAUGCUCCUUCACCCUCACCAUCUAAAUCAGAAUCGGAAUCAGAAUCAGAAUCAGAAUCGUCUUCCUUUGAACCAUCAGAAUUUUCUUUUAUUUCCACUGAUUCUAUUUCCUCUAGUGAUCAAGCAGCCGCCUCCGGUCUAUCUUCUUCUCUUAUGUCCAAUACUCAAAACGACGAUGGUGCAAGUGCUCAUCAUGAUACUACUAUAAAGAAAAUAUGCGACAAUACAGACUACCCUGAUCUUUGCACCGCAACUGUUGGUCCAUUUAUGCGUGGAGGUGCUGUCAAUGUACAAAAAGCACUUGAAGUAGCUAUGAAGGCAAGCGAUCAGUUUGCGAAAUUGGGAUUUGCAGCUGUGAAAAGAGCUUCCGAAUCCCCUGCUACUCCCCCUAACACUAAGAAAAUGCUUAAAACUUGCUUGGAUAGUUGGGAUACUGUUUUGUACAAUUACGAGCAAGCUAUUGAGGCUCUGCGUAUUCAUGACAGUGGACGUACGAGCACUAUGCUCAGUGCUGCUAUUACUGAUAUUUCAGAUUGUGAAGAUGCCUUUGAAGGUGUGAUUUCUCCUUUGAUUGAGUAUGGUGAAAAGAUGAUCAAAAUGACUAGUAUUUGCCUAGCCAUUGUUUCACAAAUCGUGAGUUAG